GGCGGGAGCACGUCUGCGAAGCUGGCAGAGACGCAUACAUAGUCUCUCUCUGGCUCCUUGUGUGCCUCUCUGUGUGUCUCUUUUUGUGUCUCCUUUCCCUCCCUCAUGUUUGCGUUGAACUUGAUCUGAGUGGUCGUUCACUUCUUCUAUCUGACGGUCAGCGUGGGGGCAAUUGUGAUAGAGAACGAUGUUAACAUGCGUCGACGGGUCCGCAUUGCUCUCGAAGAUGACGGCGGGAGCAAGCCUGCGAAGCUGGCAGAGUGUGUGGGCGAGCGGACAGGAGAGAUUGUGCCAGAGGAAGAGCAGUCAUCACCAAUGGGGGAAGAGGGCAGCGGAUCCGCCGUAGAGGGCGGAGGAGAGGAGCUGAAGCCCGCGGGUUGCAUUGCGCGGGACUCUCACGGUCGAGGGCGGCGCGCUGCGUCGGCAUCCGCGCGCUCGUGGGGCGCGCGAUCGGCCGUUGCUGGCGGAAAGAGUCUGGGUGCUAUCUGCAGGACGGCGGCUUCCGCUUCCGUGAGAACACUCGCCGCUGGGGAUCGCAGAAAGGUCGCAAUUACGGGUAUGGCAGGUCGGGGAGCUCAUAAGGGGCCACAAGCGCAGAAGGGGCCACAAACUAAAUCGGAACCCCUGGGACUUGGGGGUAUGUCUCAUAUUUCAAAUAUUUCGCUAUGGAUUCCCGUGUCUGUCCGAGAUGGACGGAUUUGGGAAAAAGCGCGAAAGGUUUUAUGGCCCAUUAUAUUCGGGCCGGGUCGAUCUUCCCACGAUCUCCUGGAGGAAGCGAAGCAUCGGGCAGCGGUGGUGUUAUUCCUCAUCGUCGUUUUGGCGUACUUGAUGUCUCUGACAAGCGAGUCUGUUUUGGUCAAUAUUCCGAUCGCUGCGCUCAUGCUUGCUGGGAUGCGGCGUCUGUAUCUUGAAGUUGACUUCAACUGGAGAUGGAGACCUUCGUUGAUGAAUCGAGGACAAGAGUCAGUUCAAGGGUUUCAAUCAGCCUCACCAGUGUGGCAGCCUCUGGUUACACCAGCGUCUGCUUCAACUCCGUCAGAGCAUUCUUUCCUGCACCAUUCCCCUUCCAUGCCACCUCGUUCGGAAACGGUGGGCGUGGAUGGUGUCUGGCGACAAGCAAUAAAUGCUCCAGCGGUCGAAGCUGCAAUCGACGAUCUGAUGCGAGCUGUGCUCGAUGAGUUUGUGACAAAUCUCUGGUACCGCUCCUUCACACCUGACCAAGACGCGACGGAGGAGUUGCGCUUACUUCUCAACACUGCCAUUGGAGAGAUUGCCAAGCGUGUGAAGAAAGUCAAUCUUAUUUCACUUCUUGCGAGGGAUGCAGUGGAGCUCCUUGGGAAGCAGCUGGACUUGUUUAGAAGAACAAGGGAGAGGAUUGGAGAGCAGCUGCUGGAGACACUUCCCUCUGGCGAGAGGGAUGAGCAAAUCAGGCAGGCAAUGGAUGCUGCAGGCGAUUUGCAUGUGUCUUUGACCUCUGUGGAUGCAGAAUACAAGGUGCUCCGGCGCUUGAUGGGCGGUGUUGUGGCGAUUAUACUGAGGCCAGAAGAGGCGCAUUGUGGGGUCCUGAGAUGUUUAGCAAGGGAGCUGCUCGCAUGUGCGCUCAUGAAACCUGUCAUGAAAUUUGCCAGCCCCGGGUACAUCAAUGAAGUUAUUUUGUUGUUGGUGCCAUCGUUGGAGGAGAGAAGUGAGAGACAUCGGCGUGCUUGUGCCUCAACCCCCGAGAGUAGUGCACAAGAUAAGAAGCUACGUGGAUCUCCCAAGCAAACCAUAGUGAUACCAGUUCAGCCAAGUGACGAAGCACCCGUACGGACACCAACUCCACGAGCAGCGGCUGAGGCAGCAUCAGUGCCAACGCCAGGCUUAAGACCAGUCCCAACACCGGUGCCUUUCCCGCCUGUGCUGGCCUCAUCAUCUUUGGAUGCACAAUCUGAAAGCAUGAGCUCUUCAGCAUCUGUUGGCAGCAGUGGAAAGGAUAGGAGGUGCAGCAGCAGAAACAAAUCCCGGCCUGGUAGUGGAUCAGGGGUGUAUGAUGGGUACAAGGGGCCUGCUGAACUGGAUGGGAGGAAGAUAGUGGUAUGCUAUCAGGAGAAUGGCGUUGUGGAAGGAGCUGUAUUGUCUUUGCCUCAUCAGGGGAAAACUGCUAUGUCGAAGAGGUCUGUGUCACCACCUAUGAGAGACACUGGGGAAAUGGAGCAAGCUCGUAAGGACCAAGUCAACAAAGGUCAUCUUGGUGGGGUGAAACUGGAUAAAGAGGAGACCAGGUGCAAAUAUGUGGACGGGCGGAGCAAGGCAUUGGUCACAGAGCACUGGGAUGGGCUGUGGACUGGUGUGGAUGGUAAAGGCCGAAGGCAACAGAGUGCGCUGGUGAAAGGGGAGGAAAAAGAAAAUGGGGGGGUAAAGACGGCCAUGGCUGAGAGCAAGUCAGGGCAGGAGAGGAAAUCGGAAGCAGAAGGCAGAAAGAGACCAAAGAGAGACACUGUGCAGAGAGAAAAGGAGGUGGUGGCUGGUCCAGAAAGGCCUGCUUCAGACGUGUUUGCCAAAGUGCAGAAAGGGGCAAUAAUGGCUAAAGAAAGACCCGGUUCGGAUCAGUCUGUCAACGCAAGUGUGAAGUCAGAUGUGGAGAAGGACGAGAGCAUGGAGCUUUUAUCGUUGAAAGGGAGGAGGCAGAAUGAAGGGGUCAACAUGGGGGAGGAGGAAGACGGGGAGAGGUAUUUUGGAAGCUUCAGGCAACAACAGCGUGAAAACAAGUUCCGUAGACUGUUUGAUGAUGAUAGAGUGGAAGAGAUCAGAGGGAUUGGAUUCCUCGGGAUGGAGGAUAAGGGAAUUGUCUGGAGGGUGGGACAGAGCUGCCAGAGCACCCUUGUAGCAAGAUCAGAUCCGAAUCGAUCCAGCUGUUCAGGGCAAAGGGGGGGAAUGGGUAAAGCGGCCACGUUAGAAAUGGCUCAGGAUACUGAGAACUUUUCAGGUUCUCAACAGCGGCCAAGUACAAUUCACGAGGUCAAAGGGUCGUCUUCUGCUUCUCAGCACCAUCAAAGUGUGAGUUGUCUUCCAGGAAUAGAGAUGAAGCUGAGUGAAGAAGAUGAGAUGGAUGCAGUGGACUUGGACGAAGUGGACUCCGUGUCCACGCUCAGGCGGCAUGGCAAAGUGAACCUUGAUCGGCCAAUUCCCACUGCACAAGAGAAGAAAGAGGAGAUAGAGGAAGUGCACUUGAAAGGAAAUAGAUGGGAGGAUCAGCCUGUGGUAGGGAGAAUGAAUGAGCAUCAGCGAUCGUCAAGCGUGAAUCUUAGAGUUGCCGGUGACAGGUUGACUCUUCUCAGACGUUCUGCGAGCGAUAUGGGAUGUUCCUCGUCAACGUUUGACGCCACAAUUAAGCUGCAAGCAAAGGUUGUGGACACUUGGUUGCAAGAAGCCGGAUUGAAGUCCUUUGUAGUAUAUACAAUAUUUGUCACUCAUGUGGAUGGAAGUGAUUGGAUUGUAAAUAGGAGAUAUCGAAACUUUGAACAGUUGCACGGAGUGCUAAAGGAGAUGCCACAAUACAGGCUUAAGUUGCCGCCCAAGCUAUUUACAGGACCUACUGGCGAUCCCUAGCAUUGCUGAGAGCCAUGCUGUUUGUGAUUUCCUUAGCUCGGA